AUUCAACCGAUUUCAGCCGUCAUGGCAUCGAUGUCCACAUGUACUUCCUGUGGCCUUGUGCUGGCGGGCCUUGGGCUUUGGGUCUCGUCACGGAGGGAAGAUCAGAAGUCGAACAAGCGAAAGGUGCAAGCCGUCAUCUUCGACCUUGAUGGCACGUUGAUCGACUUCGAAGGCGUCUCUCACGUGGCCCUAGAAGCUCCACUUGCACGGCGCGGUGCAAAGCUGCCAUGGGAGCUGCACGGGAAGAUCGUGGGAAGGAAAGCUGAAGAUUGGUCCGCUCAGAUCCUCGAGGAGCUGAAAAUGCCGAAGACUGUGCUGAAAGCGGAAAAGUAUGUCCAGGAGUACAUGAAUGAUCUCAAGGUGCUCUACGGGACGAUCCAGGCAUGGCCUGGGACGCUGCACCUGCUACGUCGCCUCAAGGAGAUGGAGGUCCCAAUGGCCAUCGCCACCUCCAGCCCCAGGCCAUCCUUCAACCAGAAGAUGGAGUACCACAAGGAGAUUCUGAAGUUGAUGGACGUGGUCGUCACCGGAGAUGAAGUGAAAAGAGGGAAGCCUCAGCCAGACAUUUUCCUGGAGGCCGCGCGGAGGCUGGGCAAAGAUGCCACCAAGUGCUUAGUGUUCGAAGACUCCGCCUUGGGCAUUGCUGGAGCACAGGCGGCUGGCAGCUUGACAGUGGCCCUUCCGGAUCCGAGGUUUCCUGAGAACGCUCGGAAGCUGGCAGAUCUGAAGCCCACCUGGCUGUUGAAAGAUGGCAUUGGACAGUUCGACCCUGAGGAGUUGGAACUGGAGAUCUGAGAACGAUGGCCAUGGGCCAAAGGCACUCGUAGCUGGUGCAUCCAACCAAAGUUGUGGAGACACCCAGGAACAUCCUCGCUGCGGAGGAAAAGCCUCACAGAUUGGCAAGUCUUUGGUGGAUUUUCG